CCCCCCCUUCCUUGAGAACCCCGCCGCCAGCCGCCGCUGCACUAGCCUCUUCCCCGGGUACCCAACGCCGGCGAGCCCCUUCCCUUUAUCUGGCUGUUCUUGGCGCCGACCCGACGUCUCCGAGGCGGAGCUCAGGGAAUGGCCGGCGUAGUUGCGCCUCGUUCCUCCUCCUCCUCCUCCUCCUCCUCCUCCUCGGCAACAAAUUCUAGGGUUUCCCCUGCCAAUCCGCCGCCGAUGCCCGAGGCCGAACAGCUGGAAGCCGCCCGGCGCUUGGCGACCCGUGCUUUAUCGGAGCUCUCCCGGCACGAUAUGUCCUCCUCGACGUCCCCGCCUUGCGGCCUUCCGGCUCUCCUCCGCCGCUGCCUCCAGUUGCUGCCCCUUCUCAACGCCGGCGACCCAAGCCUAGCCGCUCGAUGCUGCCGCGGCCUUCUCGCCUCCCUAGGCGCCAUCCUCUCCCGCAAACCGUCCCCCUCCCUCCUCCCCUCUCUCGAGGUGGUCGCUGAAAGCCUUGUUUUUAGUGAGCGAUUGAGGAGUUACUUGGCCAUGGCCGACUGUGCUGCACCAGAAGGGUCAAGAAUCUUUACUGAGGCCCUGCCAUGCCAGGGUGUCCACCAGCUCACGCUGGAGCUUGUCUGCUGCCAUUUCAUUUCAUCAUUGCAGGAUGAGGGAGGAUUUGAGGUGUUUCUGAGAGCACUUUCUUGGUCAUGGAACGAGUCGCAGGGGACUCCAGAAAUUAGCUUCCAAGGGGCACUUGGGCUGAUUCACAGGACCUGCUUGUUCUCUUUGCCGGUUGUUGUCCAAGCACAUCUUUUACUGCUCGCUUCAAGAUGCAUCAGUGAUCAAAAUCUGGACUUGCAUUUGCAUGCAUUUGAGCAUGCCAUGAAUCUUUAUGUGAGAUAUUUACCAGCAUUGGAUGUUUUCAACAGAACUGGUGGUACGAAAAUCCCAUGGACUUCUUCUGUCAAUAAAAGACCUUUCAGUUGUUGUAUCAAAGAUGCCACUGAUCAGAAACUCAGAAGUCAGAUUGAUGGGCUUCGUUCAUUUUGCCAAUUGCACUCUGGUGAUGACCUGCCCACCAAUGAGAGUGACAUUGAUCGCCUAAUUGAAGAGAACCAGCAUAUCCUCCAUGAAAUGUUCAGGCAAGAAUCUACUGUGGUUUUGAAGGACAUAUUGUUAAACAUCCUGUGCUGUGCAAAGCAAGAGGAGGUGUUUGCAUCUGAUACUGAAUUAUCAGAUGGGAUCAUUUGCCUUGCUGCAGUACUUAGAGUAAUGAGUUCCUCACUUCUACACAUCCUGCACUAUUUCAGUCAAAUGAGGUCUGCCAGUGACAAAACAAAUGUAAAUUAUACAACCCUCUGCAUGGAAUACAAUGUUAUAUGUGAAAUUAUAUGUUUGCUUGGGCAACAUGAAGCAAAUGAGCUUCAUUGGUACAACUUACUUGAUAUUAUUGGGAUGCCUGUGGACAGGAAAAGAGCCUCAGUGCUAAUGUUGGCUCAUUUUGCUACCUUAUCAAUUUGUUGUGUAAGAAGAAGGAUUGGCUUUCUGUGGAAACGUUGCGUUGUCAUGAUGAUAAUGUCCGUGAAUCUUAUUGCUGAAGAGGAAGGUCUGGGUACAUUUCAGCUCUCUACUGAUGUUUCAAAAGAAUCUGCAGUUUUCUGCAAUACUGAAGAGAGAACCUUAGAGGUCUCUGAACGUGCUAAAGCGAUAACAUCACGAUAUGAAACCAUAUACAAAUUUCAUAAAGGCAGGCACGUUGAUGGAGAUGGAAACAGUUUGGGCACCCCUCAGAAGCGUAAGUCUGGUCAGGCCUUUUUGGAGUGUCACCCUGAAUAUUCGCCAGACUGGGAUGAUUUGAUGGAUUUUGUUGAAUGUGAAGAGGGUAAGGAUUAUUCAAAUACCUUGAAGCAACAAAGAAAGUUUAAGAAAUUUAAGUAUGAGAAAUGGCGCAGCAUGAGACAAUCUUACUUGGAACCCACAUCGAACAUUUUGGGAUUGAGGCCAAGGAGGUUGUGUAGCUAACCUUGUUUUUAACUUAGCAGAAGUGAACUGUUGCUUAGCUUUUUUGAGACUUAGUUCAGUGGUAGAUGAGCAGCAAACUGAGAACCAAUGUUGCAUAGCAGCACAAGUCAAUAGUAUUAGCAGAGCUGAUCCCUAGAUUGCUUCCCUGACCAUUUUGAAUCGUUCCAAGAAGUAUGACUGAAUGUGUAAUGAGUUGUGUCAUUAGCUUCUGUAUAAUGGAUUUCAGCAUGGUCAUGAUGGGGAUUCGUU